AGUUAGUAACUUGAAGCAAUUUCCUCCAUUUUUUAGGAGGACAUAGCCUAAACUCCACAACUGCGUUAAUCUAUACUCUUACACGCCUUUCCUUUCUCUUCACACACACACCCAAUAAUUCUCUCCUUUUUUUUCAACAAAAGUUGUAACCAAACAAUCCCUUCAAUGUUUCACUUUCUUCAAAAAUUAUUCAUUUUAGACGGCUAAGCAAAGCAACCCAACUACUCAAACUAUUAUCUUUACUCUUUCUUUCUUUCUUUCUUACAUAUAGAAUCUUCUUUUCCACUCCUAAAAUAUUGGAACUUCAAUUAAUAUACUACUUUCUUAAUUAAUAAUUCUCUAGGAUUUUGUUAACUAAUUUUAAUACUUUAAUUAAGUUUUGUGUAAUGAGCACUUUGACUACCUCGAUGGUGCUGCCAUCAAAGCUGAAAUCUUCAUUUCAUCAAGAUAAAUCCUCACUUUUUUCCACCAGAUGGAGCAGAUUUCCUCCCAAGAAAACCAAAUCUUUUUCCCCUGUGAUGAGAUUAUUUGGUCCAGCAAUAUUUGAAGCAUCAAAAUUGAAGGUAUUGUUUUUAGGAGUUGAUGAAGAGAAACACCCACCAAAGUUGCCCAGAACUUAUACUCUGACUCAUAGUGAUAUUACUUCCAAGAUUACUUUGGCUGUUUCUCAAACUAUUAACAAUUCCCAGUUACAAGGGUGGUAUAACAAAGUGUAUAGAGAUGAAGUAGUGGCAGAAUGGAAGAAAGUGAAAGGAAAGAUGUCUUUGCAUGUUCAUUGUCACAUAAGUGGAGGACAUUUUCUCUUGGACUUGUGUGCUCCUUUGCGAUACUACAUCUUCCGCAAGGAGCUCCCUGUGGUAUUGAAUGCAUUUGUACAUGGUGACGAAAAUUUGUUCAACAACUACCCGGAAUUACAAGAAGCUUCAGUAUGGGUAUACUUCCAUUCAAGCAUUCCUGAAUUUAACAAAGUAGAGUGCUGGGGCCCAUUGAACGACGCCGUGGAUCCGACGUCGAAAAAUAAGAAGAGGAUGAUGAUGAUAAAUGAUGAGCAGGAUAAAGAAGAAGAAGAAGAAGCAAGUAGCUCAAAAUGGGAGAUGUUAGUUCCUUGCACGAAACCAUGUAGAUGUUGCUUUCCACCUACAAGUUUGAUUCCUUGGACUCCUUCACUAUCACAAGAACAGCAACAAGAGCAACAACUUCCUGGAGACGUUUCGAUCCCGCCACCUGGGACUCGCUAGAACAUUGAAAAUUUGAUUAUUCAUGAUUGAUUUUGUAUAUAAUUAGAAUUUUUAUACUAGGUAAAUUUAAUAUAGUGUUAUUAUGUUAUAUGUGUAUGUAUGUCUACCAAGAAUUUGGUGGGACAAACUACAAAGGAGCCUUCGGGACUUUGGUUAUGUUCAGUUUACCUUAUUUUUGCUUA